GGCUCAGCGCUACUUUUGCGAGCGAGGACCUCGCUGUGCAUUCUGGGUAGGGCACUUUCACGACAGCCAUAUUGCUCCAUCGUCCUGACCGAAGGAGAGAAGGGAGAUGAAGGGGAUUCGGGGAAUCAGUCAGCUUUCGAGACGCUUCUAUGCGGCUACCAGAAAAGGCCAGUCCCUUGCCCAGCCUCUUGCUGGCAUCAAGCUCUCUCCAGGGGCUGCACACUCCUUCCAGGAUGUCCAUGUCACCAGGCUGCCCAGUGGACUGGUGAUUGCCUCCCUGGAGAACUAUUCCCCAGCUUCCAAAAUCGGCGUGUUCAUCAAGGCUGGCUGUCGUUAUGAGACCCCCGACAACCAGGGGGUCACCCACCUCCUCCGGCUGGCCUCCAACCUGACGACCAAAGGAGCUUCAGCCUUCAAGAUAUGCCGUGGUGUUGAGGCAGUUGGAGGCAGCCUGAGUGUGACUUCAUCCAGAGAGAACAUGGUCUACACUGUUGACUGCUUGAGAGAUGACAUUGACACAGUGAUGGAAUAUUUGAUCAACGUGACAACAGCCCAAGAGUUCCGGCCGUGGGAGGUGGCAGACCUCACACCCAGAGUGAAGGUGGACAAGGCCAUGGCUGCAAGCAGUGAACAAACAGUUGUGGUUGAAAAUCUGCAUUAUGCUGCCUACAAGAAUGCCCUCUCCAACUCCCUGUACUGUCCUGAUCACAUGGUUGGCAACAUCGGGUCUGAAGAUCUGCACCAGUUUGUCCAGAACAAUUUCACAAGUGCAAGAAUGGCUCUUGUUGGACUUGGUGUCAACCACACGGUGCUGAAGCAAGUUGGGGAGCAAUUCCUCAACAUCCGCAGCGGGGCGGGCUCCACCGGGGCCAAGGCUCAGUAUCGUGGAGGUGAGAUCCGUCUGGCCAACACCAGCAGUUUGGUCCACGCGGCGGUGGUGAGCCAGUCAGCAGCAGGGGGCAGCAACGAGGCUCUGGCCUUCAGUGUCCUACAACAUAUUCUGGGAGCUGGUCCGCAAGUCAAGAGGGGCUCAUGCACCACAAGCAAACUGAUCCAGGGCUGUGCCAAGGCAACCGCUGACCCCUUUGACGUCAGUGCUUUCAAUGCAAGCUACUCAGACUCCGGUCUGUUUGGAGUCUACACUAUUUCCCAGGCUGCAUCUGCUGGUGAUGUGAUUAAGGCCGCUGUUGCCCAGGUGAAGGCUGUUGCUGAUGGUGCAGUCACAGCUGCUGACCUCACCCGAGCCAAGAAUCAGCUGAAGGCACAUGUCCUGAUGUCUCAGGAGACUUCAGAGGGUUUGCUGGAGGACAUGGGGGCUCAGGCUCUGGCCAGCGGUUCCUAUGUCUCCUCUGAGGAAAUCUCCAAAAACAUUGACAAUGUCUCCUUGACUGACGUUGCCAACGCUGCAAAGAAAUUUGUGUCUGGAAAGAAGACGAUGGCAACAAGCGGCAACCUAAAGAAGACACCCUUCGUGGAUGAGCUCUAAAGCGCAGCUCGUCACCUCGUACUUUAACUAUGGCGGCAAGGCAGAAUUUGUUUCCUCUACAUUUUGACAAAAAGAAAAAGGUCCUCCAUCACUUUUUGAAUCUCUGUUAUUCUGAGAGAUAUAAUGUCAUAACACCACUGGGUAUUUAUAGGUGUUGUAACAGUAUAUUUUCCAGUGAUGCUGCUCUGGCGCAUCACAAUGUUGUGCUUCAUUCAUCUGUCCACAUUAACUGUAUAGCUGAUGUAAAAUAAUGAAUAAAUUCUAUCUACCUUACACA